AUGUUUUGGUUUGGAGUGAUCGCCGCCUGUUGCAUAUGUUCAGUAGUUUUCGCUAAUAUGAUCAUGAGAGAGUUCAAUGAGCAUGGUUUUAGCACAAGGAUCAAGCUGUAUCCCGUGAAACAGCUCAAAUUUCCCACAUUGGUGUUUUGUCCAAGAUAUGCUGACGCAUUUCAUGUGGAUACAAUAUUAGAAGUCAAAAUGUGCGACCUCACCGUUCCAGACAUGCGAAUGAGAUUAGGAGAUGUGGAUGAAAAAGUUGCUUUUGAUAUUCUUCGUUUUCUCAUUGCUGGCAGCGGGCUGGACAAUGUACAGAUUAAAAAAUGGGAUGAAGAGUACAGAUGUUUUAUGGAUGUCUAA